GCAGUUGGUACUAAAGCACAACUUCGGGGAUCCUCAGCCUAAACCUGUUUAGUUGCGCUGUGAUACCUCUGCCGCGCCAUGCCCGCUCUAACUUCUGAUACCAGCACAAUCGCUGAUUAUGAGACUGCGACCUCCUUCCUGGGAGAAUGGGGACGUUUCCAGCAGCGGGUCUUUUUUUUCCUCUGUCUGAGCUUUAUCCCCAAUGGGCUCACCGCGUUGUCUGCGGUGUUUCUGGUCGACACGCCGGCCCACCGCUGCCUGCUGCCGGCGCACCUGAACCUGAGCGCGGCGUGGAGGAACAGCAGCAUCCCGCUGGAGGAGGAUGCGAGCCGCGGCGGCGCGUCGGUGCCCAGCAGGUGCUCCAGAUACAAGCUGGAGCACCUGCUGAAUUACUCGGACAGGGGUCUGCUACCCGGAGUGGACGUGAAUCUGUCCACUGUGCCCACAGAGGGCUGCUUGGACGGAUGGGAGUUUGACCACAGCGUGUAUACGUCCACUGUUGUGACUGAGUGGAACCUGGUGUGUGAUGAAAGCUGGAAGAACCCAUUCACUUCUUCAGUCUACUUUGGGGGUGUUCUUGCAGGCUCCUUCGUCUCAGGACAGCUCUCUGACAGAUUUGGGAGGAAAAUAGUGAUGUUUGGCACCAUAGGACUGCAAGUGGUCACAACUCUGAUUCAGAUUUUCUCUUCAAACUGGAUCAUGUUUCUCGUCUUGUAUUUUCUUCUUGGAGUGGAACAAAUUUCUAAUUAUCUGGUUGCAUUUGUUCUAGGGACAGAAAUCUUAGGCUCAUGGGCUCGGACGCUGUUUUCCACCGCUGGAGCGUCUGUGUUCUUUGCUGUGGGCUACAUGCUGCUUCCGCUGCUCGCAUUCUUCAUGAGAGACUGGAGGCAGCUUCAAGUUGGCUUCAUGUUGGCAGGCUGUCUUUCUUUGCCUCUGUUCUGGUUCAUCCCCGAGUCUCCUCGGUGGUUGCUUUCUCAGGGUAGAAUCGAAGAAGCUGAGGUCAUAAUCCAAAACGCUGCCAAGAUAAACAAUAUUGAACCUCCAGCUGUCAUCUUUAGACCCCUAAAGACUGGAGGCAAGACCGAAGAGACGAAGGCCCACAACAUCUUUGAUCUUCUCCGUUCUCCGAACAUCCGAUGGCUCUCUGUCACGAUGUGGCUUGUCUGGAACACCAUGACCAUCUCCUACUAUGCGCUUUCCCUGAACACGACCAACCUCCAUGGAAAUCCAUUCUUCAAUUGCUUCCUGUCUGCGGUGGUAGAGUUGCCAGCCUACGGUUUGUCGUGGCUCAUGUUUCGCUGGUGUUCCAGACGGCUCAGUCUUUGCUCAUUGCUUUUUGCAGGAGGAUUGUUUAUAUUCAUCAUACAGCUCGUACCAGCACAUUUGUUUUUUCUAGCCAUAACUUUUGAGAUGAUGGGGAAGUUUUUUGUGUCGACUGUGUUUGCUAUUUUGUACGCCUACACAGCAGAGCUGUACCCAACUGUGCUGAGGACUACAGCUGUUGGUGCCUGCUCCACAGCCUCCAGAAUUGGCACCCUUUUUGCUCCAUACUUCAUUUACUUACGAACCUAUUCCGUCUCCCUGCUUUACAUCUUAGUGGGAAGCCUCACAACUCUGACUGGACUUCUGAGUCUCCUACUCCCUGAGAGCUUUGGGAUGCCUCUGCCGGACACCAUCAGUCAAAUGCAAAGCUUCCCUGGAUGUUGUCAGAAAAGACCGUAUGCCCUCACCAACACUAAAGAAGAGGAAAAUACUGCUGAAGAAAAGUCUCCGGCAAAACGAAGCGUCGUCACUCAAAACUAACAAGCUUAUGGCUGGCUGUAAAUUCUGUGCACGUCUCUGUAGAACAGGGACUAGAUGAAAAAACAUACCUUUCUACAUAUUUACAAUGGAUUUACUGAAAGCGUUUUUUUUUUUUUUUUUUGGUUUGUUUCUAGAUCAUCUUCAAAGUUAACUCUCCUUGUGAUCAUUAUACUAUUGAAAUAUAAAAUCAGAAUAUUUCAGUGAUAAACUCAGUAGUGCUAAGGACUGAAAGUUGCCUUGAGCCUGGUUCACAUGGCAAGAUUCUAAAAUUGUCGGUCGAUUGUCAAAGCCUGAGGGACAACGCGCUUAACGAUAAAAAAUAACAGGUUUGUUCAUACUGUGUGUGGUGUCCGGUCAAACCGCAAGCGCAACACACAACACAAAUAGAUUUCACUCAGGAUCAUUCAGAUAUCAGAUCAGAAAUCUCACAAAACCUCUCAAGAUCCAGAAUAAAUAAACAUAGAUGAUGAGGAAGUAUAAUGGUGAUAGUUUGUGGACUAAUUUGAACAGAAAUAACUUUAAAAAGGGUGUUAGUUAAAAGACGGGAGACAGUGUGAACAGGGGCUUUAUGUUUGCUGCAGUAUGAUAUGGAGGUGAGCUGUGUUUUUUUCUCUCGGGAUUUCCCUCACCUUGCUUUCUGAUCAGCUACACAUUACAUUCAACAGGCCUAGACAAUCGACCAUGUUGAAUAUCUCUGAUUUGAGGUCGGAGCAGUCCCGAGGUCUUUCCGAACAGACCAGAUUACUUUUAACACGGGACCUGUCAGAAGGGGUAGAUCGGGGCAAAAAUAGGCCAAUUUAUCCUGCUGUGUGAACCAGCCUUUAAUUUUACACAUUUUUAAGCAGAGACUUGUUGAACAUCAGUUCAGGAAACAGCAAUAAACUAUUAAGGAAGGUA